GGGUUAUGGAAUAUUCUGGAACUGAAACUGUCCAGGAAGAGUAAAGUAAGGACAUUUGAAGACACGCAUGCGCGAACCAGUUCUCGACAUUUCCUCACGUGGAGAUUCUAGUUCAGUGUGUCAAAUCCACGCUCAAAGAAGUCGGUCCUCAACAUCACAAGGUCUCUCACAUAAAAAUGGUAAGACAUUCUUUAUCAAAAACACAUAGCUAUAAUAUAAUUUAGGAUGCCAAAUGUCCUGUUUGUCACCAGCAGAGUUAGCACGCAUUCCGAUUUUCAUCAUGUGUUGUAGUAGCUAAACUAUGCUUUGAUUUAUCACAGGCAAGGUCAGACAUGACCAAGAAUACAGGAGGAUUUUAUCAGAUUAGCUAGCAACCGUUACUGUGUAAAGGCUUGUCAUACAGUGACAUAUGCGAUCUGCCAUGCAUUGUCCCACACUUCUGAUUGUCGAAUAGCUAAAUUAGCUAGCUCGAGAUAACUUGCUAUCUUGCACCAUCAAUCUCAAAAUCGUUGGCUAUAUAUGGAGAGAAUUGCCAGCACGAGUUUCACAAUUGGCACUGUUGUUGAUGGGUACUAGUGAACUAUGAAGAACGAAUAAAGUGAUGAGGAGAAGCAUUUGCUGUUGCAAUCUAAAUUGAUGCCACAUGCUAUGUGUAUGGUCCUUUGCACAAGUGUGGUAUUUUAUUUGACCUAUUGUAUGUUAUUCUAGUUUAUUUCACUGUCUGUGUCCAGUUUAUUUCACUGUCUGUGUCCUUGCACAACGAAAAAGGGAAUUACCGGCGCUAUCAACCAGUUCCGGGUAACGCAGACGCUGUGACCCCAUGUGUAACUGCGUCACAGCAUUUUAUUUGCCCAUUCAUUUUGCCACACUUGUAAUAUUUGAAACUAUGCAGGGUGGGGCGCGGCGGCACACACUCCCUGACCUGUUCUGGAAUUUACUCUUAACAUCCCUGCCAUGAUUAGUAUAGAAGUUUAUAUGUGGGUCAGGGUUGGAGAGCCCUGCCCUGGCAUCAACAGCCUGGAACCACAGACCCUCCUCUGUCCCUCCCCUGUUUCACUGACAACCUUCAUUCAAGGUCAAAGAUACAUCUGUUACCAGACAGGCAGCUGGUGUUUCAACUCUUCAACAUUUUGGCUCCUAAGCACCUUGCAUUGUGCUGGCCAAAGAGCGAAUCCAUACUCUACUUUGAGUAGUCUUUUAGUUUUAGCUUGAAAAUCGUCCUACAUCAGAUAUCUACCAAUUGCUUGCUUUACACCAGGGUUUCCCAAACUCGGUCCUCGGAACCCCAAGUGGUGCACGUUUUGGUUUUUGCCCUAGCACUACACAGCUGAUUCAAAUAAUCAACUAAUCAUCUAGCUUUGAUAAUUUUAAUCAGCAGUGUAGUGUUAGGGCAAAACCCAAAAUGUGCACCCCUUGGGGUCCCGAGGACCAAGUUUGGGCAAUGCUGCUUUAUGCCUUUUCAAUAGUGAAUACUAACAGUGUCUUUGUUGCCUUUGGCAGGCUCUACUUACAAAUUGCAUGGACACUGCUAGUAGUCAAGGGCAGUAACAAACCCUCAUUAAUGAUUUCCUGUACAGUUAGAAGUAGAGGAGGGCACCACUAUUUUUCUAUGGUAUUAUGGCGGUCCGCAAAAAUACAUGAGGUGUAUGCCACCACCCACUGUACGGGGUAGUAUGCUCAUAUUGUUUCCAAAUAAUUAAAAGACAAAGAAACAAAAACAAAUCAAUUUACUCCUUUAGUCAGAUUCAAACGUCAACUCCGAUCCCUUCAGUCUCUGGGGCCUGAGAAAGAAGAGCAUCUUCAUACAGUAUAUCUUGCAAUGUUUCGGCCGUGAAGUCCUGGAGACCCAAGAACCUUUUGAGCCGCAGAUACAAUUAUGGCCAGUUUCUUGGACUUGUUCAUUUGGGCAGUACAAUUAAUCACAUGCGCAAUAAACGCCACAAAAUCCACCUUCACGAUCAGCAUAUCAGUUUCCCUCAACUGUUGAACAACACGGAAUCUCCACAGGCUGCGGGGCAUCCACCAUCAUAUCUUCAGCUCCACUCACUCCUUCAAUUAUUAUAGCGGAGAGUACCACUAACCUGUAGUAGGUUUAUGUAUACCUUUAGUGACAAGUUUCUUGUAUUGAGUGUUCAGUGAGCUGGCUCAUUUGGCUCCGUUCAGCUAAAAGAGACGUUAAUUUAGCUCCCAAACAGCUCUUUGUUCAGUAGCGCUUAAAUGUAUAUAUCACCAUCAAAAAAUUGCAAAUAUCUAAUGUAAAGCCUAAAAAGUUGCCUGCCAUUAUGUCAGUUCGUGACGUGAGUUCAAAUACAUUUUUACCUGACCCAAAUUAUUAGAUGGCCUACAAAAAUGAACGCACUGCAAAAAUGUGUGGACCAGAAAUUCUCUCUCCUCUCUAUCUAUUUUUCCUGCAGUGAGUAAUUUUUUAAAUACUUUUUUGCAUAUAAUUAUUGUCUGGAGCUCAAAAAACAGUAGUAGGCCUAACCGUAUGCAAGUCAGGGAGCCAAAUGAAAGUCUCUUUCACAGAUGUGAUUCGGUUCACAGAUGCCAUUCAAAAAGAGCGACUACACUUACCAAACCAGGAACUCUUGGAAUCCACCUUAAGGUUUUGAAGGGUGUACAUAGUCCAUAUUUUCAGUGGAUGAUGGCAGAUGGUUACAACACAUCUCCUUUUGGCUAUUGAAGGGGCCCCUCUCGUGCAUUUGUAUUACUCAUGCCUUUAUCAGUUCACACAAUCGAUUGACUCUACAUCUAGUGGCUAUUUCAGGGUAUAACAAUUGGAAUGUCAAGCACUCACUGUAGAAGAGUCCAACACUUCUCAACCUCAGAUGAGCUAUGUAGAUUAAAUCAGUUGCAAUGUUUUGUUGUACAUUGUCUCCGUCAUAAAUAAAACACUUCCCCUACACAUUUUAGGCUUUCAGGAAAUUCCUUCCCAUGUUUGACCGGGUGCUGGUGGAGCGUCUGGCUGCAGAGACUAUGUCGAAGGGGGGCAUCAUGUUGCCAGAGAAGGCCCAAGGCAAGGUUCUGCAGGCCACAGUGGUGGCAGUAGGACCAGGCUCCACAAACAAGGUAAUUUACUACUUCUGUCUCACUCUCUCUGGCUAAACAGUAGCUUAUGUAUGAGUUGUGUAUCUAACUGGAGUCUGUCUACAACUGUGGCUUACAGUCUGUCUGUGUUGUCUUACUGGCUUAUCUACUGAUUUCAUUCAGAAAGGGAACCUGACACCCAUGAGUGUCAAAGUUGGAGAGAAGGUCCUUCUGCCAGAGUAUGGAGGAACUAAAGUCAACCUGGAAGACAAGGCAACUGUUUUCUACUUUAUUAUUAUUAGAUAUAUGAUUAAUAAGUGAUCAUUCAAAAUUAUGUCCAACCACCAUAUUCAUUAGUGUUUGUGUAUUGAUUGUCUAUUUUAAUUUCUAUCAUAAUUUGUCUUUCAGGAAUACUUCCUGUUCCGUGAUGCUGACAUCCUUGGCAAAUAUGUAGAGUAAAAUCUGUUUCACUGUAAAACAUCCAUCCUGUUAGAGAAGAAAGAAUGUUGCCUCAUUCAUGUCUUAGUUUUUUCUAUGUUAUUGAAUUGUAAAUAAUUCUGAUCAUGUUUUGUUACAAUAAUAAAGUGAACUAUUGAAUCUGGAUGUGUUGCUGCAAUUUAAUCUCCUGAGCAGAUAUAUGAAAAGAGGAUCUGCAUAACAUUGUGUUGAAGGAACUGGAUUUGGAACUGGUUUUGGUAAAAGGAAGGUCCUUGUUACAAUUUAGUCAUUUAGCAGAUGCUCUUAUUCAGAGCGACUUACAGUUAGUGCAUACAUUUCUUCUUAUUUUCAUACUGGCCCCCCGUGGGAAUCGAACCCACAACCCUGGCGUUGCAAGCGCCAUGCUCUACCAACUGAGCUACACAGUGCCCAUGUAUCCUUCAAAUACUAUGAUUUAUACAUACACUGCUCAAAAAAAUAAAGGGAACACUUAAACAACACAAUGUAACUCCAAGUCAAUCACACUUCUGUGAAAUCAAACUGUCCACUUAGGAAGCAACACUGAUUGACAAUACAUUUCACAUGCUGUUGUGCAAAUGGAAUAGACAACAGGUGGCAAGACGCCCCCAAUAAAGGACUGGUUUUGCAGGUGGUGACCACAGACCACUUCUCAGUUCCUAUGCUUCCUGGCUGAUGUUUUGGUCACUUUUGAAUGCUGGCGGUGCUUUCACUCUAGUGGUAGCAUGAGACGGAGUCUACAACCCACACAAGUGGCUCAGGUAGUGCAGCUCAUCCAGGAUGGCACAUCAAUGCGAGCUGUGGCAAGAAGGUUUGCUGUGUCUGUCAGCGUAGUGUCCAGAGCAUGGAGGCGCUACCAGGAGACAGGCCAGUACAUCAGGAGACGUGGAGGAGGCCGUAGGAGGGCAACAACCCAGCAGCAGGACUGCUACCUCUGCCUAUGUGCCAGGAGGAGCACUGCCAGAGCCCUGCAAAAUGACCUCCAGCAGGCCAAAAAUGUGCAUGUGUCUGCUCAAAUGGUCAGAAACAGACUCCAUGAGGGUGGUAUGAGGGCCCGACGUCCACAGGUGGGGGUUGUGCUUACAGCCCAACACCGUGCAGGACAUUUGGCAUUUGCCAGAGAACACCAAGAUUAGCAAAUUCGCCACUGGCGCCCUGUGCUCUUCACAGAUGAAAGCAGGUUCACACUGAGCACGUGACAGACGUGACAGAGUCUGGAGACGCCGUGGAGAACGUUCUGCUGCCUGCAACAUCCUCCAGCAUGACCGGUUUGGCGGUGGGUCAGUCAUGGUGUGGGGUGGCAUUUCUUUGGGGGGCCGCACAGCCCUCCAUGUGCUCGCCAGAGGUAGCCUGACUGCCAUUAGGUACCGAGAUGAGAUCCUCAGACCCCUUGUGAGACCAUAUGCUGGUGCGGUUGGCCCUGGGUUCCUCCUAAUGCAAGACAAUGCUAGACCUCAUGUGGCUGGAGUGUGUCAGCAGUUCCUGCAAGAGGAAGGCAUUGAUGCUAUGGACUGGCCCGCCCGUUCCCCAGACCUGAAUCCAAUUGAGCACAUCUGGGACAUCAUGUCUCGCUCCAUCCACCAACGCCACGUUGCACCACAGACUGUCCAGGAGUUGGCGGAUGCUUUAGUCCAGGUCUGGGAGGAGAUCCCUCAGGAGACCAUCCGAAACCUCAUCAGGAGCAUGCCCAGGCGUUGUAGGGAGGUCAUACAGGCACGUGGAGGCCACACACACUACUGAGCCUCAUUUUGACUUGUUUUAAGGACAUUACAUCAAAGUUGGAUCAGCCUGUAGUGUGGUUUUCCACUUUAAUUUUGAGGGUGACUCCAAAUCCAGACCUCCAUGGGUUGAUACAUUUGAUUUCCAUUGAUACUUUUUGUGUGAUUUUGUUGUCAGCACAUUCAACUAUGUAAAGAAAUAAGUAUUUAAUAAGAUUAUUUCAUUCAUUCAGAUCUAGGAUGUGUUAUUUUAGUGUUCCCUUUAUUUUUUUGAGCAGUGUACUUGUGUCAGUGAUAUCUCUGGAGGAAUGACCACCGUUUGUUUGGUAGCCACCAACUCCCUGUCACCGUUCCUGGUAUCAGUCACACAAGUCUGUGCAUCAUUUGCAUCCGGGCAUUCUGUCGAGAUGGUCAUGGCGGAGGGUACUGCAGUUCUGAGGAGGAAUAGGCCUGGAACAAAGGCGAAGGUAUGUUUCUAUAAAUCGGAAUACGAUUGAAUUUGGUAAAGAGGCCAUCGGUGAUUAUUGCGGCCUUGCCUCGCCUCAACCGUGGAUUUAAUUUCGGUGAUGGCUUUUUGAGUCGUUUGUCUGCAAUUUGCUCGGAGAUGUCUUCCGAAAAAAACACAGGAGGGUCGGGGCUGCAAGCUAGUAGUAGCUUGCUAAAAACGUUGCACAGCAGAGAUUUAGAGACUUGUCUAGUUAGUUAGUUGGCAAACUAGACUUACAAAAAUGCCAAUAUGAAUACUAUCAGAGAACCACUUUUUACUUUUGAUAGUUAGCUAGUAACUAGUAGCUAACUGAUGUUAGCUAACUUAGUUGCCAGAAGAUACCGACCCUACCGUUAUGCUUGUUUACGACUGAGCUGCACUGGAGUUGGAACGCAAUCAUGGGCACACCAUGGAGCUGGUGCAAGAUAUGGGUGGGGAAAUGUACAUCAAUGCAGAGAUGGGAUAUGCCACUGUACUCCAAAUUGUACAUUUAUCCACACUGAUACAUCGAGAAGAUUGAAAUACUGCUAUUUUUCAGGGAAAACUGCCCUUUUUGUCCUCAUGUUAGCUAACAGUAGCCACUGCAGACAUUUUGGAAUGGCAGUGCCAGCCAAUUUUGCUCCUUUGUUGUUCAACACGAAGUGCAAUUAUGGAAGUAACCAUUCUGCUGGCUUGGCAAUUUUGAAAGGGAAGUUUAAAGGUAAAGUAGUCGAGUAAGGCUCAUCAUUCUGGAAGAUGGUUAAUUUUUGUUAUAGAUGUGCCUUGGGAAACAUUUAUGCUACAAAUAACAGUAAAAAAAAAAAAAAGACCUAUUUCAAGAUUUCGAGCAGGAAAUUUGUUUACUUUUAGAUACAUUUGUGGAUGCCAGACUGAAUUUAGGAGGGAAUUGGAAUUCGAUUGGCGCUCCUCAAUGGGAUUGCUUAUCUCUAUGAGCUACAAGAAUGAAUAAUCCCUCCGAGUUUAAUUUAUGUUUGGGAUUUGAUGGUUUUGAUAUAUAGAGAUAUAAAAACCCUUAUAAAAAACAAUCUACAUUGUGUUGUAAAGAUAUGUCCAAGCAAUCAAGAAUCGAUUUUUGGUUCAUAUCCAGAGUAGGUGUUUCUAUUGAAACCUCUGUUCUCACUGACCAUAAAGCCAUUUUUCUUUCAAUCAAACUCACAGAUGGGCAGAAAAAUAACAACAAUUACCGGAAAUUUAACAAAACACUUCUGGCUGAUGAACAGUUCAAGAAUGCAGCUAAAUCUAUUAUAACUGAAUGCUAGAAUAAGGCAAACUUAUUGAAGUUAUAUGGUGCAUACUGGGAAUUCAUGAAGUACAAGAUCAGAAGGUUGGCCAUUAAAAGAGGAAAGGAGGUUGCUAAGACCAAAAGUAUAUAAUCAAAGACAUUGUUACCAUUAUGGACAAGAGGACUUGAGUCAAACUACAAUUAGAUUUGGACAGAAUAUAUGAGGACAAAGAAAAAUGAGCCUUUGUGAGAUCAAGAACAAAGUGGAUGGAAGAAGGCGAGAAAAACACGAAAUAUUUUUUCUUAAUUUAGACUAUUUUCUAUCUUGAAGAAUAAUAGUGAAGACAUCAAAACUAUGAAAUAACACUAAUCAAAUCAUGUAGUAGCCAAAAAAGUGUUAAAUAAAUCAAAAUAUAUUUUAUAUUUGAGAUUCUUCAAAGUAGCCACCCUUUGCCUUGAUGACAGCUUUGCACACUCUUGGCAUUCUCUCGACCAGCUUCACCUGGAAUGCUUUUCCAACAGUCUUGAAGGAGUUCCCACAUGUGCUGAGCACUUGUUGGCUGCUUUUCCUUCACUUUGCGGUCCAACUCAUCCCAAACCAUCUCAAUUGGGUUGAGGCCGGGUGAUUGUGGAGGCCAUUGAAUCUGAUGCAGCACACCAUUACGCUCCUUCUUGGUCAAAUAGCCCUUACGCAGCCUGGAGGUGUGUUGGAUCAUUGUCCUGUUGAAAAACAAAUGAUAGUCCCACUAAGCCCAAACCAGAUGGGAUGGCGUAUCGCAGCAGAAUGCUGUGUUAGCCAUGCUGGUUAAGUGUGCCUUGAAUUCUAAAUAAAUCACAGACUGUGUCACCAGCAAAGCACCAUCACACCUCCUCCAUGUUUCACGAUGUGAACCACACAUGCAAAGAUCAUCCGUUCACCUACUCUGCGUCUCACAAAGACACGGUGGUUGGAACCAAAAAUCUCAGAUUUGGACUCAUCAGACCAAAGGACAGAUUUCAACCGGUCUAAUGUCCAUUGCUUGUGUUUCUUGGCCCAAGCAGGUCUCUUCUUCUUAUUGGUGUCCUUUAGUAGUGGUUUCUUUGCAGCAAUUCGACCAUGAAGGCCUGAUUCACAGUCUCCUCUGAACAGUUGAUGUUGAGAUGUGUCUGUUACUUGAACUGUGAAGCAUUUAUUUGGGCUGAAAUUUCUGAGGCUGGUAACUCCUAAUGAACUUAUCCUCUGCAGUAGAGGUAACUCUGGGUCUUCCUUUCCUGUGGCGAUCCUCAUGAGAGCCAGUUUCAUCAUAGUGCUUCAUGGUUUUUGUGACUGCACUUGAAAUUUUCCGGAUUGGCUGACCUUCAUGACUUAAAGUAAUGAUGGACUGUCGUUUCUCUUUGCUUAUUUGAGCUGUUCUUGCCAUAAUAUGGACUUGGUCUUUUACCAAAUAGGGCUAUCUUCUGUAUACCACCCCUACCAUGUCACAAUACAACUGAUUGCCUCAAACACAUUAAGAAGGAAAGAAAUUCCACAAAUUAACUUUUAACAAGGCACACCUAUUAAUUGAAAUGCAUUCCAGGUGACUACCUCAUGAAGCCGGUUGAGAGAAUGCCAAGAGUGUGCAAAGCUGUCAUCAAGGCAAAGGGUGGCUACCUUGAAGAAUCUAAAAUAUAUUUUGAUUUGUUUAACACUUCUUUGCUUACUACAUGAUUCAAUAUGUGUUGUUUCAUAGUUUUGAUGUCUUCACUAUUAUUCUACAAUGUAGAAAAUAGUAAAAAUAAAGAAAAACCCUUGAAUGAGUAGGUGUGUCCAAACUUUUGACUGGUACUGUAUGUAAAAACCAAACAAAGGACUAAUUAAAAUUGUAAUCCCAUCACUGAGAAAGUUCAGGUUUGAUGCUUGGUUGUUAAGGGUUAAAUGGUCGCAUAUUGUUGUGAAAAACUGAAGAAGAAUCAAGACUAUUAUAUACUGCAAUAGCAUUGGAUGUUCCCCAAGCAACAAGUAAAGAAGUAGACUUUAAACUUUUUAAUUUUGUUUGGAGGAAUAAACCACAUGAUUUUAAAAGAGUGUAUUAUGUAAUACUCUAGAUCAUGGUGGUUUAAAUGUGCUUGAAUUUUGGUAUAUCCAAUAUUAUCUUUAAGACUAGAUGGAUGAAGAAUUACAUCCAAUUUGAGCUAAUAAAAAUUCCCCUUUAAAUUAGCCAAUUUCCAUAAUCAAGUGUUACUAUCCUGGUUAAUUGUAUAUAAACAUAACUUCUCCCCUCAUAGAUGUUUGAUUUGGAAUAUCAAAGACAUAAAAUAUAAGAAUAAAUCUUCAUUUUUCCAUAGAUGGUUUGAGAACGGUAUUUUGUUAGUGGCACAAUUAUUUAUUGGAAAUGGACAACUGUAUAGUUAUGUCGAGUUUUUGAAUAGAUAUGGAUUUCCAGUGAUGGUGAAGGAGAAUGCCAUUUGUUUUUUAUGCAAUACUUACAGGCCUUAUAAGACUUUUACAUGGAAAUUAUGUUCUUGAGAGGAAUGUGGAAUUCAGUUUCAGCGUCUUAUUAGAUGGUGUAUGCAUCAAAGAUAAAAAGUGCGCUAAUAAUUAUGUAUUUUUUAGAUCAACUGGUGCUAGGGUUUGUCUUGAUGGUAAAUAUGUUUUACUUUUGUUUCAUGAUAAGGCUUUAGAUCAGAACAAAGUGUGUAUAUAUAAUGAAUCUCUUCAUUAUGUAUGGUAAAUAUUAUAUACAUCAAUGCAAGUGGGCAAAAGAAAAGCCACAAUUUGUAAAAUAUAAAUUGUAUUUGUAUUUUGAAAAUGCUGCGUAAUCUAAAAAUAUGUAUAGCAAAACGGACCCUAAAUGCCUGUGAAGCCUUGUCUAUUUAAAGAAAAAAAUGUGUAUACCUGUGUAUAAAGUUUCUGUGUUAAUUGGUAGAUUAAAAAAAUAUAUAUAUACAGUGGGGAAAAAAAGUAUUUAGUCAGCCACCAAUUGUGCAAGUUCUCCCACUUAAAAAUAUGAGAUUUCUGGCUCUCACAGACCUGUAACUUCUUCUUUAAGAGGCUCCUCUGUCCUCCACUCGUUACCCGUAUUAAUGGCACCUGUUUGAACUUAUCAGUAUAAAAGACACCUGUCCACAACCUCAAACAGUCACACUCCAAACUCCACUAUGGCCAAGACCAAAGAGCUGUCAAAGGACACCAGAAACAAAAUUGUAGACCUGCACCAGGCUGGGAAGACUGAAUCUGCAAUAGGUAAGCAGCUUGGUUUGAAGAAAUCAACUGUGGGAGCAAUUAUUAGGAAAUGGAAGACAUACAAGACCACUGAUAAUCUCCCUCGAUCUGGGGCUCCACGCAAGAUCUCACCCCGUGGGGUCAAAAUGAUCACAAGAACGGUGAGCAAGAAUCCCAGAACCACACGGGGGGACCUAGUGAAUGACCUGCAGAGAGCUGGGACCAAAGUAACAAAGCCUACCAUCAGUAACACACUACGCCGCCAGGGACUCAAAUCCUGCAGUGCCAGACGUGUCCCCCUGCUUAAGCCAGUUCAUGUCCAGGCCCGUCUGAAGUUUGCUAGAGUUCAUUUGGAUGAUCCAGAAGAGGAUUGGGAGAAUGUCAUAUGGUCAGAUGAAACCAAAAUAGAACUUUUUGGUAAAAACUCAACUCGUCGUGUUUGGAGGACAAAGAAUGCUGAGUUGCAUCCAAAGAACACCAUACCUACUGUGAAGCAUGGGGGUGGAAACAUCAUGCUUUGGGGCUGUUUUUCUGCAAAGGGACCAGGACGACUGAUCCGUGUAAAGGAAAGAAUGAAUGGGGCCAUGUAUCGUGAGAUUUUGAGUGAAAACCUCCUUCCAUCAGCAAGGGCAUUGAAGAUGAAACGUGGCUGGGUCUUUCAGCAUGACAAUGAUCCCAAACACACCGCACGGGCAACGAAGGAGUGGCUUCGUAAGAAUUGACCAAAUACUUAUUUUUUAUUGACCAAAUACUUAUUUUUGAUGUUAUUGACCAAAUACUUAUUUCCCACCAUAAUUUGCAAAUAAAUUCAUAAAAAAUCCUACAAUGUGAUUUUCUGGAUUUUUUUUUCUCAUUUUGUCUGUCAUAGUUGACGUGUACCUAUGAUGAAAAUUACAGGCCUCUCUCAUCUUUUUAAGUGGGAGAACUUGCACAAUUGGUGGCUGACUAAAUACUUUUUUCCCCCCACUGUGUGUGUGUGUGUGUGUGUGUGUGUGUGUGUAUAUAUAAAUAUAUAUAUAUAUAUACAGUAUGUUUGUAUAUUGUGUUGUAAUUGUUGUUAAUAAAAUAACAAAAAACAAAAAAAACACGAAGUGGCAUUCCAUAAUGGCUGAUUAUGAAAUGUUAACUAGCAUGGGGUUGAAAAUGGCAGGUUUCCAUGAAAACUGGUAGAAUUUCAAUCUUCUUGGUUGAGCAGUAUGGAUAAAGGUACAAUUUGGAGUACAGUGGCAUAUCCCAUCCCAGCAUUGAGGUACGUUUUCCGACCCAUAUCUCGCGCCAGCUCCAUGGUGUCUUAAUGUAACAAUGAUUGAGUUCCAACCCCAGUGCAGCUCAGCGUAAACAAGCGUAACGGUAGGGUUGGUAUCUUUUGGCAAGCUAAUUUAGUAGUCAACCUAGUUUACAUUUGGUAUUGGUAACCUUAAAUUACACUGAACAAAAAUGUUAACGCAACAUGUAAAGUGUUGGUCUCAUGUUUCAUGAGCUGAAAUAUAAAAUCCCAGAAAGCUUAUUUCUCUAAAAUGUUGUGCACAAAUUUGUUUACAUGUCUGUUAGUAAGCAUUUCUCCUUUGCCAAGAUAUUCCAUUCACCUGACAGGUGUGGCAUAUCAAGAAGCUGAUUAAACAGCAUGAUCAUUACACAGGAGCACCUUGUGCUGGGGACAAUAAAAGGCCACUUUAAAAUAUGCAGUUUUGUCACACAACACAAUGCCACAGAUGUCUCAAGUUUUGAGGGAGCGUGCAAUUGGCAUGCUGACUGCAGGAAUGUCCACCAGAGCUGUUGCCAGAGAAUUUAAUGUUAAUUUCUCUAACAUAAGCUGCCUCCAGUGUCGUUUUAGAGAAUUUGGCAGCGUGUCCAACUGGCCUCAACCACAGACCACUUGUAACCACGCCAGCCCAGGAAUCCAUAUCCGGCUUCUUCACCUGUGGGAUCGUCUGAGGGGGUGGGGUGGGGUGGGGGGGUAUUUCUGUCUGUAAUAAAGCGUUUGUGGGGAAAAACAAAUUCUCUGAUUGGCUGGGCCUGGCUCCCCAGCUGCACCCCUGCCCGUCAUGUGAAAUCCAUAGAUUAGGGUGUAAUGAAUGAUUUCCGUAUAUGAACUGUAACUCAGUAAAAUCUUUGAAAUUGUUGCAUGUUGCGUUUACAGUUUUGUUCAAUAUAGCUAGCUAAUUUGGGGCACUUUAUAAGUAUAAAGUCAACACAAAUAAUUACUUGGCUUGAUAGUUGGCUGAUGCAAAAUAUUAUAGCUAGUUAACUACAGUGCUGAAGACUACAGUUCAUGAACAGUUAACUAGCUAGCAAGCUAUGUCAAAAUAGCUGACAGUUACCAGUUAGCUAGCAUGUCCUGACAGUUACCAGUUAGCUUGUGGUCCUCUGUAGCUCAGCUGGUAGAGCACGGCGCUUGUAACGCCAAGGUAGUGGGUUCGAUCCCCGGGACCACCCAUACACAAAAAUGUAUGCACGCAUGACUGUAAGUCGCUUUGGAUAAAAGCGUCUGCUAAAUGGCAUAUUAUUUUAUUAUUAUGUCAACAAUUACAGCUGUUGCUAGCUAACGUUAACUAACGUUAACAAUGCUGUCUAUGGCUAGAUAACAUGAAAGGCUGAGAGGUGACACUUUUGUCCAUUGAACACAUACAGUUCCUUGAAUAUGAUUAACGUUAUCCCUUUGUCCCUCCCUCUUUCGCUGCAGGAUUUCUACAACUGGCCGGAUGAAUCCUUUGAAGAGAUGGACAGCACGCUGGCUGUGCAGCAGGUGUGGUUGAGUUAGUCAGUGGGGAAUGACUGGGGAGUCCAUUUUAAGCUUCAAAUUAGCAUCAAAAGUGUCAUGAUUGCAGAAUGCUGUUCGUAGCUGUCAAGUGUCAAGCCUGACAUUGAUGAGCUGUUCCUUAUUUUAAGAUGGCUGCUGCCCUAUAAACCUACAAAGCAUCUUAUCUAGUGUGAUCAUUGUCACCCAUGUCAGAACUUUAGUUGGUUAACAAGGAUGUUAGCAGAAUCAGGAUGUUUGACUAACCUCAGUGGUACCCCUGUCCCUGUUCAGUACAUUCAGCAGAACAUCCGGUCAGACUGCUCUAACAUCGAUAAGAUCCUGGAGCCUCCAGAGGGACAGGACGAGGGAGUGUGGAAGUAUGAGCACCUCAGGUACACUGCCUUCCUUCACUUGACUUACUAGACGUAUUACUUUGACAGUAUGCUAACUACACACUUGACUGAUUACUCUACACUGAGUGUGUCUACCAAAUCAAUUACAGUAAUUUAUUUUGGUGUUGAGUCUCACUCAUCUAUCUUUUUCCUUAUCCCCAUUCCCCACCCACCCCUUCUUUCUCUCUGAUAUAGGCAGUUCUGUCUGGAGCUGAAUGGACUAGCUGUGAAACUGCAGAGUGAGUGCCACCCAGAGACCUGCACCCAGAUGACCGCCACAGAGCAGUGGAUCUUCCUAUGUGCUGCACACAAGACCCCCAAAGAGGUGUGUUACUAAAAUCAGAAUUAAAUUCACUCAGGAUUUAAUAUUUCUAUUUAGCCUGCCAUGCACUAUAUUUAAGAUGUAUGUAAUUGCCUGUGUGUUUCUGUCCACAGUGUCCUGCCAUUGACUACACUAGGCACACGCUGGACGGAGCUGCCUGCCUUCUCAACAGCAACAAGUAUUUCCCCAGCCGGUGAGCGCACACACACACACACACACACACACACACACACACACUGUGUAAAGGAAUACUUUGGUUUCCUACGCAUACACUUUCAAUCUUCUCUCCCCAGCGUGAGCAUCAAGGAGUCCUCUGUAGCCAAGCUGGGCUCUGUGUGUCGCCGUAUCUAUAGGAUAUUCUCUCAUGCCUAUUUCCACCAUCGCCAGAUAUUUGACAAGUAUGAGGUAAGUAGUAGUUGGAAGUUCCCACUUCCCAAACAGACCUGGCAGAGGAGCAGGAUUUGGGUUCCUCAUUCUUAUUGAAACUGAUAUUAUAGCGUCACAGGGACACAAACUGCUUUUUUUCUGCUUGUUUAAGUGAGAAAAUGGAAUGCACAUAUCCAGAAGUGUACACCAGGUUGAGGAGGACAUGAUGAUAAUUAAUUAGUUAUUGUGCUUUAUUUGUGGCAAAUGAGUCAUGAUCAUGUUCCAUUUUGUGGUUGUUCCAUAUUCAGCCAACAGGUGGCACUACAGACCUGGGCCCGGUUUCCCAAAAGCAUCUUAAGGCCAAGUUCAUCGUUAGAAUUAGCCUUAAGAUGCUUUUGGGAAACAGGGCCCAGGUCUGUAGGGAAAAACUGAUAUGUGGUUAUUACUAGAACUGGGCAAUGGGCAUAUGAUUAGGUUCACUUCAUGGUCCACUGAACCCGGCUCAGUAGUCAAUGUAAUGACCCCAAGCAGACCAAAGCUAUAAUGUUGCUAUUUAAAAACUGUUAGUCAUUCUAUAAACUAGUUAAUCAGACCUCAUAUCAUACUCUACUUCUCUUGGUUCACCUCUGUGUCUAGGGGGUACGUGCUAUGGGUUGUUUCUGGACAGAGCCUAAUUCUCUUGUUUGUUUCCCUUCUAUGUCCCUCCCUGCAGAAUGAGACAUUCCUGUGCCAUCGGUUCACACGCUUCGUGAUGAAAUACAACCUGAUGUCCAAGGACAACCUGAUCGUUCCUAUCCUGGAGGAGGAG